UUCGGAGUCCAGACUCCAGACUCCAUACAUGCUACUCUCCUCCUCCCCACCAACUACCAGUCAUUCGUCAUUCUCCACGCAAGGGAGAAAAACGUGAUCUGGGGAACAGGAGGGUGGGGAUCGCAAGUGCAGAAACUAUCUCCGACUCUUCGUAUCCCAUGAUGUCUAUAAGAUCGAACGAUCCCCCCCCUACCGUGGCCUGAAUCUUUGCUCUGUUGCAGAAUGCAAUCGUUCUCUCCAUACUGAUUGAAGGAUAUCACUUGGACCGCCUAUCCCGUCCACCGGAAGUUCGGUAAUAUCCUGAACAGCACCCUUGGUUACUGACAUCAUGGUCGCUGGCGGUGGAGUUGUUUCUGCGUCCGGCAUGGAUGUGUACCGGACGCUGCCCAACAACACAAACGCCAACUGGUUCAAGGACAAGGGCCUCCGGCGCCUGAAUUUGGGCCUCAUACUUAUGUUUGCCUCCGCUGCAGCCAAUGGGUAUGACGCUGCUUUGAUGAAUGGGCUCCUGACCCUCCCGAUGUUCGCGAAGAAUGUCAGCGAGAAUAUAAGCUCGAACAUAGAGGGUCUGAUCAUUUCCGGGAUUUCCCUAGGAGGCACGAUUACGUUUAUCCCGGCUUCGUACUUCGCGGAUUACUUCGGCCGCAAAACGUCCGUCGCACUUGGAUCGGCCAUCAUGAUUGUCGCGAGCGUGAUCCAGGCGGCCACCGUCGGCCGCUGGGCGUUCUUUGGAACGAGAAUCGCGAUGGGGGUGGGCCUGGGUUUUGCACAGACAGCUGCUCCACCGCUGACUACGGAGAUAGCUCACCCCCGGCAUCGGGGCGUGGUCACGGCCAUCUUUCAGGCGACUUGGUACUGGGGCGCGAUUCUGGCUGCUGCGGUGUGCUUGGGGACUCUUUAUCUUGAGGGUAGCACGUGGUCCUGGCGGAUUCCUUGCCUGGUCCAAUGUUUCUUCCCGGCGGUGCAGUUGCUCGGACUGGUCAUCGUCCCGGAAAGCCCGCGGUGGCUCGUGUCGAAGGACCGGCGCGACGAGGCCUUGCAAAUCCUCGCCCGCUACCAUGGGAAUGGGGACACGUCCGAUCCCUUGGUUCAGUUCGAGUUCUCUGAAAUCUGUGGCGCAAUCGACCUAGAGAACUCCGCCGCCCAGAAAAGUGGCUGGUCGGCAUUCAUUGCGACCAAGGGCGCUCGGCAUCGCCUGGCCAUUUGUCUCCUGGUCGGGGUAAUGAUCCAGUGGGCAGGGAAUGGUGUCAUCUCUUACUAUCUCGCACCCAUUCUGCGAUCCGUUGGCAUCACCAAUCCCACGCAGCAGUCUGCCAUUAACCUGGGCCUUCAGGCAUGGAACGCAGUCUGUGCCGCCGGCGGUGCCGUCGCCGCGGAGAAAUACGGCCGACGCCCGCUCUGGAUGCUCUCGACGGUGCUGAUGCUGCUCUUCUUUUCCCUGGCCACUGCCCUGUCCGCCGUGUUCGAUCAAUCGGCCAUCCAGGCUGCUGGCAGUGCGGUCGUCGCAUUCCUCUAUCUGUUCUACGGUGCCUAUGAUAUCGCCUAUACCCCACUCUCCAUUGCCUACCCGGUCGAGAUCAUGCCGUUCUACCUGCGCACCAAGGGCUUGUCGCUAAGCCUCACGGCGCAGUUUGCCGCGGGCUUCUUCAACCAGUUCGUGAAUCCCAUUGCUCUCGGUGCGAUCCAGUGGAAGUUCUAUUUCGUGUACCUUGGUCUGCUGGUCAGUUUCGUGGGUAUCGUGUACUUUGUGUUUCCGGAGACCAAAGGCCACACGCUCGAAGAGAUUGCCGUGAUCUUCGACGGUCCUGGAGCAGAGACGGAAGUCCAGCGGGAUUUGGCUGCUGUCAUUGCGUUGGAGCGGGAGGUAAAAGCGCCUCUGAAGGAGGAGUUGGAGCACGCUCCAUAAAUGUGACGCGUGGGGCGCGUGUGAUUGAGGAGUAUCUCUCCUGGGCGUGAUUCUCCUGCAAGCAGUGAUCAAUGAUAUCGAUAUAACGGAACGUAGUCUUGGGAGCUGUGUAUAUAUAGUAUAGUAUAUUGUUGGUGAAAAUCGCCCCCGAAUAGUG